CGCGCGUGCAUUUGUAUUCGUAGCGCCGGCAGGCACGUUCAGUUGUGGUCUUUGUUCUAUGUUGUGGUUGCGAUUCUAUGGUUGAGACAGACUCGGAUGUGAUUGGAGGUCUUGUUUUUAGUUUUUUUGUCAGGAGGUCGUUUGAAAAGUUGUCUCCCGAGAUCAUUGUGUGGCAUGUGUGGGAGAACGGCAUGCUCACUCUCAAAAGACUGCUUGCGUGUAGCUUGCGAGUACAGGGAUGGAAGCGGAAACUACAGGUGCCCCGAGUGGCGUGAUGUCAGCCUGGAAGGCACAUACGAGCCCUCCUACAACAUGCCACCACAAAGCUUUUGUCCGGUCCUUGUACACAACAGCCAGCUCGGGGCAGAGACAACCUCCGAGCGUAUCGUCACAUCUAUGAAGUGGGGCCUCGUUCCAUCCUGGUACCAAAGUGAUCCAGCGGACUUCAAGGUCAACACGAUCAACUGUCGCAUCGAAGGCGCUACCAGCCGAAAAUGCUAUCUACCGGCCAUAACAGCAGGGCAUCGAUGUGUUGUUAUUGCCGAGGGGUACUUUGAAUGGCAGAAACCUUCCAAGCAGGCAUUUUUUGUGUACUGCCAGCAAAAACCGGAGAAUUCCAUGGCAACACGACCGUGGGACUGCCAAGAAAUGGAAGAUGUCCUGAUCUACAAUGGGCAUUGGCAGGGUCCCAAGCUGUUGACCAUGGCCGGCCUCUUUGACAUCAAUAAAGGCCACUACAGUUUCACCAUCCUUACCAGGAGUGCACCCCCGUACCUGCGUUGGCUACACGACAGAGCGCCGGUAAUCCUGGAUAAUGAAGACGCUGUAGCAUCGUGGCUGGACCCGGCUCGUGACUUCAACGCGCUCAUUCGCUCUCUCACGGUCCAGUCUCCAACGGUACUCGACUGGCACCAGGUGCCAGACUUGGUUGGCAACGUCAAUAAUAAGGGCAAGCAGUGCGUCCUGCCCAUGCAAAAGCCAAAACCACGGCCAACCUUGAUGGAUACAUGGCUGACUCGCUCGAGCAGAUCUGGAGGCGAGGGGCCUAGUACAAGCCACAGGUCACGAAGCAGGUCACCUGUCAAGGGUGAUGAAGUACCAAAGAGCGAAGUGGCUUGAGUGGAAAUUCAUCUUAGAAGGCUUCAGGCCCACCAUGUUUUGUCUGCUCACCAUGGGCAGGGGAGGACUCUUCCCUGCCCUCUUUGUUGAUACAAAAGUACAGUCGCGCUCAUAAGUUUGGAGACCGUGCGAGCCCAUGGCCGUGUGCAUGCGCGCGCCGUCUGGCGGUUCGGUGCCUGCUGUCGAGAGUGUCGCAGUGCGCCUGUGUGUCCAUCCUAUCUCACUUACCUGCUCGCUUGCUGCACACCCGGAAUUUGCCGCCGCUGCCGCGAAUAGUGUUGUUGGAAGCGCCUGCUUUCCCCGCUUAUGCCAAGGCUGUCUUGCCGAUACCAUGAUGUAAGAUAUAUACUCUUUAGGUGUAGACACUCGCGAGACGUGAUCGACCAGAUAGCUAACGUAACUGCGGGGCCUAUAGAUGGGAGUGGAUAUCUAUCAGCGGGACGACGCAACUUCAGUUAGAACCCAGACUGAAGCUUGCGCGGAAAGGAAUGCGCGCAUAACAGUACCAACCAGCGAACGGCAUCUGCACGCGGCAUCGUGUCGCCAUAUCUGCUCAUCUGCCCCGUCAUGGCGAUGCCCUCUCCCUCACCAUGGUGACCUACUUUCGUGCGUCACUCUAUCAUUUCGGAUUUCUCGUGAAGCACCGUUGCCAUACCAACGGGAGAUAAAACCAAUAAAACAUUUUAUGUCUUUAAGUUGCAGUUAGAACCCGCCUGGGUUUAACUGAAGUUGCGUCGUCCUGCCGAUAGGUAUCCGCUGCCAUCGAUGCGCUAUGUGGCUACAUUAUCUGGUCGAUCGCGUCUCGCGAGUGUCCGCACUUUACACCAUAUCAUAUCUUACACCGUGGAAUCGGCCAGACAGCAGUGGCAGAAGCGGGGAAAGCAGGCGCUUCCAUAGUUGAAAAACAGCACCGAGAUUGGACCAAGGGGAUUGAAAAUGCCGUGCCGCUGCUACGCCAACAACACUAUUGGCGGCGGCCACCGCAAAUUCCGCGUGCGCAGCGAGCGAGCAAGCAGGCCAGCGAGAUAGGAUGGACGCGCAUGCAUACUGCGACAUUCGACAACAGGCACCAAGCCGCCAGACACACGGCCACGGGCUUGCAUUGUCUCCAAACUUAUGAGCGUGGCUGUACAUAUGCAAAAGUACAAAGUGCCUGUGCAUGGCUAUAACCUGUGAUAUUUUUAAGGUGUUUUAAGCUGUAAGUCAAUUUAUUUUGAACAAUAUUUUGUUUCAUUGACAAAGCAAGUUGUGCUGUUGUGUUUUAAGCUAUAAGUCAGUUUAAUUUAUUUUUGACAGUAUUUUGUUUCAUUGACAAAGCAAGUUCUGCUGUUGUGUUUAAGCUAUAAGUUGUAUUUUAAGCUAUAAGUCUUUAAUUUAUUUUUAACGAUAUCUUGUUUCAUUGACAAAGCAAGUUGUGCUGUUGUGUUAUGUUUAAACUAUAAGUCUGUUUAAUUUAUUUUUAACAACAUUUUGUUUCAUUGAGAAAGCAAGUUGCGCUAUUGUGUUGUUUAUUAAUGUUAUUGUGAAAGUAUCCUGUCCCAGUGUUUCAAAUAAAGAUA